AUGGAGCAGGAAACCACAGAGAGGCCGUGGAUCAAAGAGGAGCCCUCCCAACAGGAGGAGGGGGGCGCCAAGGGAGGCGCCAAGGGAGGCUCCGAGGGAGGCGCCGAGGGAGGCGCAGAGGGAGGCGUGUCCUCGGACUCGGACUGGGACCCUUCGCAGACAGAGGCCGACGAAGAAGCUGCGCUCCUGAACUGUCCGUUCUGUCUGAAGGGAUUCCCCAGUGUGGACAGCUACGAGCUCCACAUCAGCGUCCACACGGGGGACAAACCUUACAGCUGUUCUCUGUGCGACAAAACCUUCAGCACCAAAGGGAACCGCCACACGCACAUGAAGAUCCACCGCGGAGAGAAGCCACACAGCUGCGUCAUGUGUGUGCGCGCCUUCUCCUCCAGCUCCGCGCUCAAAGUGCACAUGCGCUGUCACACGGGAGAGAGGCCUUACAGCUGCUCACUCUGCGACAAAACCUUUGGACAUAAAACGGCUUUAAACGACCACACAAAAACUCACAGCGGCGUCAAACCCUUCAGCUGCACCAUCUGCCAGAAAGGAUUCACCAAGAAGGGGAACUGUGACUCACACAUGCGCCGCCACCUCGGGGAGAAGCCCUACAGCUGCUCAGUCUGUGACAAGGCCUUCGCCCCGCUCAGAGCAGAGACCAGAGACCGGGAGGCCGGAGACCAAGACGGCAGAGACCGAGACGGCGGAGACCGAGACGGCGGAGACCGAGACGGCGGAGACCGAGACGGCGGAGACCGGGACGGCGGAGACCGGGACGGCGGAGACCGGGACGGCGGAGACCGGGACGGCGGAGACCGGGAGGCCUUUCAGCCGCUCAGACCAGAGGCCACAUACAGAGACUCUCGCUGGUCAGAGUGA